GUGAGACAGGCUCGGCAUUUUAACCACGAAGGUUGAGGCUUGUGUAGGUUCAUGAGUGAUUAGUUGUGGAUGACGUGUUAAUUGUCAUGUGGCUAGACUGGCUAUUUUGGGAGGAGGACUUUUUUUUUUCCUGACUUUGACCUACUACGUCCAUGUUUGUUCGUUGUCCCUGCUGCAAAGUGCAGAAGUUAGCAUAUAAAGCUCUGCAUAAGCGGUUAAUAUUGCACGGGUCGAACACAUCCUAUUAAACCGCCUCGCUUCUGCCUGUUUGAUUUUCACUUUUAGCGCUCGUCACUGUGAACUCUGAGGGGCUCCGCGCGCGCCCGCUCGUGCGUCCCGUGCGCAGCCCCGCAGGAGACGUCAUGAGCGUCUUACUACCCAACAUGGCGGACUUUGAUACCAUUUAUGAGUUGGAAGACGAAGAAGAUGAGCACGUAGUGAGUGAGGAACACUUGCCCAGAUAUUGUCCGGAGCCCGUGGUUAUGCGAGGGGCCGGGCACAUCACAGUAUUUGGACUGAGCAACAGAUUUGACACAGAAUUUCCUUCUGUUCUCACGGGAAAGGUAGCACCGGAGGAAUUCAAAACCAGCAUCAGCAGGGUGAAUGCUUGUUUGAAAAAGAACUUGCCUGUGAAUGUGAAGUGGCUUCUUUGCGGCUGCCUGUGUUGUUGCUGUACAGUAGGCUGCAGUCUAUGGCCUGUUAUCUGCCUCAACAAGAGAACAAGACGGUCUAUUCAUAAGUUGUUAGAGUGGGAAAAUAACCGGCUAUAUCACAAGCUGGGGCUGCACUGGAAACUCAGUAAAAGAAAAUGUGAAAGCAGUAACAUGAUGGAAUACGUGAUUCUUAUAGAAUUCUUACCCAAAUAUCCUAUAUUCCGACCGGACUGAGGAGGCUGUGAAAGGUUGGAUGUGUGGGCCCUUGAAUCUUAUCCUUAGUGCCUUGUAUAUACAGUAUGUUGGAAUAAGGGUCUGCACUGGUGUCUCUUGUGACGACCCUGUACAUCUCCCAGUACCAUGUACAUUAGAAUUUGCAACACUGUCACUUUGCUUUAGAGCGGAUUUUGCACAUUUUCCCAGCAGAACUUUGCGUGUCCCCUUUGUUGCACUCGGAUGUGUUUUUGUUACACGUGACAAAUAAGUAAAACUCUCGAAAAGUGCAUUUACCCCAAAGAACCAUCAGCCUGUAUCCCAUCUAUUAUAUCAGUAAACCCUUGCAAAGAAUGUGGAGCCUCCACCUUCCUUAACAACCCUUGCCUUAUGUAUGAUUUUUUUUAAAAAACAAAAAAACAAAACAAAACAACUCUACAUGUAACAGGAGGAGGAAGGCGCUGGAUAAUUCAACAAGUCUGUAGGUUCAGAUGCUGUUUGUUGGGUUUCCUCUCUUUGAAUCCAGUUCUUUGCAAGCAGAUGGGAUGGUUGAAAUUGCCUAACGUACAGUGUACGUCAUCACCCUGUGUGUUUUCUUUACAUUUGACCCUCUGUACAUGGGAACUAGCUAGUAAAAGAACUUGACCUGUAAAUACCAUGUUAGGAUAAGCUGUACAGUGGUAUACCAUUGUUUACAUAAAGUUACUUAGCUACUUAGUUUUUUUUUUUGCCAAUAUAUUGCUGUACCAUAGUUUUGAUUAAUGAGAGAUGUCUAUGUACCUUUCUAGUUUAUAUGGACCUGUUUACCUUGUAAGCCAUAUAGUUACAAUGUACAUGAUGCCAGAGUUAGGAUUGAUUAUUGCACUUGAGUCCGGUGGAAAGUCAAGAUUUGAGAUGCUGAAUCAUCCAGUGACAACAGCAGUUGUCAUUGCUGCAGUUUUUGCCAACAAAGAUGACAUUUAACGACUCGUGACCUGUUAAAACUGGAGAUGGUUUCAUCUCUGAAGCAGCUGGAAGAUAAUGAUUUGAACUCUGCUCUUCCACUCUUUUAUUUACCAUAAUUUUAUCCCAACUUUGCAUUCAUUUUUGUAGUUUUGUACUCCUCCCCGUGCUGUGUAACACCGAGAUGUGUUAGGAAGUAUGUAAGUCUACAGUACAUGGCGUAAUGAGCAGAUGGUUCUCACGUUUCAGCCGUUCUGUCCAGUGUUAGUGUUACUUUCCUGAAUCAAAGUCAUGAGAUUGCUGCGUUGCAUUGUAUUAGAGUGCCUCUGGAAUAGCUGGUGAACCGCAGAGACGUACAGGUUGAAAUCUUGGAGGUUUUAAGUCCUCCCCUGAGUAUUGUCCUUGUUACAAUUCUUGUAAAUGUUUGUCAUGAUGACUUAAUCCCAAUGGAUAGAGAAAAUAAAUUGUUGAUUUUGA